UCUGGGUAAAGUUUGGUCACAAGCUCUUUCCCCCGUACCAUAUUUCAAUGUCUUAUAUGAUUCUCAGCCACAAAACACCCUUUUUCGCAAGAAUUCUAAACCAAGUAUAGAAGAUUUCGUAGAACAGAAACAAUAGACCACCCCACUUUAAUUGCAACAACUGCAAUCAAUAAUAGACCACCACGAAACACCAUGCCUUCUCUUGAUUUCAAAGAAUUUCAAGAGAAGCUGUCCACCCACUUCAAACCUUGGCAACGCUCCUUCCAGUUCUGGGUUCGAGCAGCUGAUAUCUACACCGGUUACAAGGUGUUUCAACUUCGAGUGAGUUUCGUAAAGGAUGUGCAGAAGCAGGAGGCAAUGUGGGAAAGACAGCAUGAAGUUGCGGCUGAGAAGAUAUAUAAUAUGUGCUCUGACCUUGGUGGGUUUUUUCUUAAGGUUGCCCAAGUUGUUGGGAAGCCUGACUUGGCCCCUGCUGCAUGGGUGAGAAGGCUUGUUACGCUGUGUGAUCAAGCCCCAUCAACCCCCUUUGAAGUCGUCCGACUUGUGCUGGAGAAGGAGUUGGGUCGAAGUGUAGAUGAAUUCUUUGACAGAUUUGAUACAGAACCUCUUGGUUCUGCUUCAAUUGCACAGGUACAUCGAGCAAGGCUGAAGGGUGAUAAGAGUGAUGUUGUUGUCAAGGUGCAACAUCCUGGAGUUCAGAAUUUGAUGAUGACAGAUAUCCAUAACUUGCAAGCUUUUGCAUUAUACAUGCAAAAGACUGAUAUCAAAUUUGAUCUUUACUCUGUAACUAAAGAGAUGGAGAAACAGAUCGGAUAUGAAUUUGAUUUUGUGAGGGAAGCUGAUGCUAUGGAAAGAAUUCGAAGUUUUUUGUACAAAAACAACAAGAAGACUCCUGUUUUGGUGCCAAGGGUGAUCCGGGAUAUUGCCACUAGGAGAGUCUUAAUAAUGGAAUAUAUUGAUGGAAUCCCAAUCCUGAAGCUUGGGGAUGAAAUAGCGAGAAGAGGCAUAAAUCCCAGUGGUAAGGUUGCAGCAGUGGCAAAGCAGAACAUUCUUAGAAGCUUGACGCUUGCAUAUGGACAAAUGAUACUGAAGAGUGGUUUCUUCCAUGCGGAUCCUCAUCCUGGAAAUAUUUUAAUCUGUAAAGGUUCAGAGGUUGCCUUGCUUGACUAUGGGCAAGUGAAGGAUCUACCAGAUGAUUUGAGGCUUGGAUAUGCUAAACUGGUUCUUGCUAUUGCUGAUAAUGAUCCCAUAAGGGCAUCGGAGAGCUACAGGGAGCUUGGCAUAGAUACCUUGAGCAAAUGUGAGGAUGAACAAAAGGAGUUACUUAAGUUGGCACAAACAAUGUUUGAUACAAAGCUACCACCUGGUGUAACAAUGUUGCAACCUUUCGCAGAAGACUCUUCAAUUAAAAAGAUUGCCGUUCAGGCUUUUCCAGAGGAACUGUUUUGUAUACUUCGCACGGUGCAUCUGUUGAGAGGACUUAGUGUUGGUCUUGGAGUCAACUACUCAUGUGCAGAGCAGUGGAGACCUUUUGCAGAAGAAGCUUUGUAUCAUGCCGGCAGACUAACAGGUAAGGAUCCCAAGACUAAAGUAGGUAGAAGCAGUUUCUACCAAAGAAUAUUUCGGGGAGAGUGAUUGGCUUAUGAAGAAGGGUUGGCCAUAAAUCCACCUAUGGCUCUUUGCAUUCCAGAUUGUUGGUUCAAUAUAAAACUGAUCAGUCCUUCAAUAUUUGUUAGGUAUAAAAUGUUAUCCUUCAUAGUAACUACUCAGUUAUUUGAUUCCUUCAUGUGGAAUUUUAUUUUAUUUAUUUUUUAAAUAAUGCACUUACAUAUAAGAAGCAGAAAAAAGAGGGACACAUUAGUCAUUUCACAUUUAAUUAUUUAUUUUACCCUUUUUAUUAAGUUAUAGAGGGAUACUUUAAUCAUUCUA